CCCCAGCAGUUCCUAGCCUAAACCUAUAUGAAACACGAAGACGGGUUUCAGGAAGCCCGCCAGAGAUUCUUAUCCAAACUGAGCCAGUUUCUAGAAACCAUACAUAAGUCUUUCAGAUUUCUUUUCUUUCUCUUUCAGAUGUCUGAUCAUAUUGACUGGUUACACAGCCAUAGGGACGUGUGCAAGGUAGAUCUCUACAGCCAAACGGGACAGCAAGAUCAGAGCCGCCGGAAAGUGAUAUGCUUUGUCGAUGUGUCUACCUUGACAGCAGAAGAUAAAGAUUCCAAGGAUGCUGGUGGUUCCAAUUCAGACGGUGGCUUAAACCUGGAGAAUCUGAAAGAAAAAGAGAUUAUUGUGAUCAAGGAUACUGAAAAGCAAGACCAGUCUAAGACGGAGGGAUCUGUGUGCCUUUUCAAACAAACUCCCUCUGAUCACAUAUGUGUCUUCAACUGUCUUCUCAAUGAUCUCCAGAAGUAUGCUUUGGGUUUCCAACAUGCACUGAGCCCCUCAGCCUCUAGCUGUAAGCAUAAAGUAGGAGAAACAGAGGGUAAAUUCCAUAAAUUACCCUCUGGGAACUGCUACAGAGUCUAUGCUGAUCAGCUGAACAUGGAUUAUGUGACCAACGGACCUCAAAGCCGACAUCUAGAAAUGACAGCAGCCAAAAACACCAACAAUAACCAGAGCCCUUCCACUCCCUCACCCAAAUCUCCUAACACUCAGAGGGCAGUUAUCUCUCCUGGUGGCGAAUGUUCCAUGGACGACCUUUCAUUCUAUAUCAACCGACUAUCUUCUUUGGUAAUCCAGAUGGCCAGUAAAGAAAUCAAGGAGAAGUUGGAACGUAGAAACAAAUGCUUUCAUUAUUCAAUCUAUCCACCUCCUGGGGACAAAGGGAAGAACAGCCCCCACAGUGCUUUGAGCAAGAUCGCUUCUGAAAUGGCCCAUGAUGCUGUAGAAGUGACCUCUGCAGAAAUGCGGGGCACUGGGGAGGACAGCAGAGAUGGCGGGCGGAAAACCUUUAUGUAUAGUGAGUUAUCCAACAAGAGCAAGAGCGGAGACAAACAGAUGUUCCAAAGAGAUAGCAAGGAAUUCGUAGACUCCAUUAGCAAAGGACUCAUGGUUUACGCAAAUCAAGUGGCUUCUGACAUGAUGUUCUCCGUUAUGAAGACCUUGAAAGUGCAUAGCUCUGGGAAGCCGAUCCCAGCCUGUGUGGUGCUGAAGAGAGUGUUGUUAAAACACACCAAGGAAAUUGUGUCCGAUUUGAUUGAUUCCUGCAUGAAGAACCUACAUAACAUCACUGGGGUCCUGAUGACUGACUCAGACUUUGUCUCAGCUGUCAAGAGAAAUCUUUUCAACCACGGGAAACAAAAUGCGGCAGAUAUCAUGGAGGCCAUGCUGAAGCGCCUGGUCGGUGCCCUACUUGGCGAGAAGAAGGAGACUAAAUCACAGAGUGUCUCGUAUGCAUCCUUGAAAGCUGGGUCCCAAGAUCCCAAGUGCAAGAACCAAAGUCUCGAAUUCUCAGCCAUGAAAGCUGAAAUGAAGGGGAAGGACCAGGGCAAAAUGAGACCAGAGCAGUGCAAGUCCUUGACCAGUGCUGAGAAAGUCGGUGAACACAUCCUUAAGGAGAGCCUGACCAUGUGGAAUCAAAAGCAGGGAAACCAAGGCAAGAUGACUGGCAAAGCAUGUGCCAAUAGAGAGGAAAAAAGAGAAAAGAUCAGCCCUUCCACAGAUUCACUCGCGAAGGACUUGAUUGUCUCCGCUCUUAUGCUGAUCCAGUACCAUUUGACCCAGCAGGCCAAGGGCAAAGAUCUAUAUGAAGAAGACUGUCCUGGUUCUUCCACAAGCUACACAGCUCAGAGUGCCCAAUACGAAAAGUGUGGAAGUGGCCAAACUGCCAAGGCUCUUUCAAUGAAACAUCUAGAGUCUCGUGGAGCUCCUGGACCCUCCACCUCUCUAAAGGAGAAUCAACAUGUGAACUGCCAGAAGCUGGAUAUGUCAAACAUUGUUCUGACGCUGAUUCAGAAACUGCUUGGUGAGAGCUCGUUCAACUGUGAUGAUAUAUCUGAAGGUGAGAACAAGCAUUCUGAGCCCAGUACAAACAAAGGAACUUCCAUGUUCAAGAGGCCUGACAGAGGGGAAGAACAAUGCCAGGAGAAUCAAGAACUUGACUUUGCCAGUGGGCUGAAGCAAGUGAACCGGCAAUUUAUAGAUCAACUUGUGGAAUCGGUGAUGAAGCUGUGCCUUAUCAUGGCUAAGUACGGCAACAAUGGGGCAGCCCUUGCUGAGUUGGAAGAACAAGCAGCCUCGGUGAACAACGCCAAUUACCAGGCCAGUGGCUCCAGACGUAGUCAGAGUGGUGUGAUGCCACAGAACUAUCAAGACUCUUCUGGGCCCCAAGUCAUCAUCAAUAAUCAUUGCUCAACAAGUAGCUUGCAGAAGCAGCUCCAGGCGGUCCUUCAGUGGAUUGCGGCCUCCCAAUUUAACAUCCCUACGCUCUACUUCAUGGGAGAUGAUGAUGGACAACUGGAGAAGCUUCCCAAAGUUUCGGCUAAGGCAGCAGAGAAGGGCUACAGCGUGGGAAAUCUUCUUCAGGAGGUCAUGAAGUUUGCCAAGGAACAACAACUGGAUGAAGCCGUGGGAAACGUGGCCAGAAAACAACUGCUAGACUGGCUGCUCACUAACCUGUGAGCUAACAACUCCUUCCACUCCUCUUAAUUUACUACCCCCAGCAGCAUUCCCUCCCAGCCGGAGCACCCCUACCAUGAGGCCAGUGAACUGCGUGCUACACGACUGUGUUUCCCAAUACAUCUGAGCAGUUGGGCUGUGCAAAUACAGGGUGUCCAAUG